AUGGCUCCAUCCGACUUUGCCAAUGCAGACAUUACUUCCCUGGUCAACCAGCUCAAUACCGAGGAAGCCAUUGCACUCACUACAGGCGUCGGCAACUGGUUCACUGCACCGAUUCCUCGUCUCGAUAUACCCGGCAUUAAUGUUACUGACGGCCCAAACGGUGCGAGGGGGAGGAAGUACUUCCUUGGCACACCAGCCAAGUGUUUGCCGUGUGCAACCGCCUUGGCCGCAACAUGGGACCCAGAACUGAUCGGUGAUGUCGCCGCCCUCAUCCUCGCCCCCGAAUGCAAGCUCAAGUCCGCAUCUGUCCUCCUCGGUCCCACCGUCAACAUCCAGCGUAACCCGCUGGGCGGGAGGAGCUUCGAGAGCUUCUCCGAAGAUUCUUGGCUGAGUGGGUGUAUGGCAGCAGAGUAUGUCAAGAGGCUUCAAGGCGAAGGAGUGAGCGCGUGCAUCAAACACUUCGUCGGGAACGAGCAAGAACAAGAACGCAAAGGAUCGGACUCGCUCAUUUCCCCUCGUGCGCUAAGGGAAAUCUACCUAUACCCUUUCAUGCUCGCGCAAAAACGCGCCCAACCGUGGAGCUACAUGACCGCCUACAAUCGGAUCAACGGCACGCACUGUUCGGAGCAUCCAUGGUUGUUAACGAAUGUGUUGAGGGAAGAGUGGGGGUUCGAUGGAUGUGUAAUGAGCGAUUGGCAUGGUACAUACGGCGUGCCUGAAGCAUAUCAUGCUGGUCUGGACCUCGAGAUGCCCGGCACCGAUGGCUGGCGCACAGCGUCCAAAGUGAUCCGCUCGAUCGAGGCGACGAAGCUCACUCUACCCAUAGUAAAGGAACGCGCCCGUGCCGUGCUGAAACUCGUGCAGCGGUGUGCGAAGGGUGCGCCCGAGAUACUCGACGGUGACCAGCAAGAACGUACGCGGGAUACGGAUGCGGAGAAAACGCUCAUGCGAAAAGUCGCCGGCAGUGCAAUUGUUCUACUCAAGAAUGAGGGCAACGUCCUUCCCCUCGAGAAAAGCAAGAUCAAGACACUGGCUAUCAUAGGCCCCAGUGCCAAGGCAGCGUACUUCGCUGGUGGAGGGAGCGCGAGCUUGAAGGCGAGCUAUGUGGUAACACCCUACGAAGGCAUCCUUGCUGCUUUGCCCGAAGAGGUCAAGGUUGUCUACGCGGAGGGCUGUCAGGGUCAUCGUCGCGCACCCCCCUUGACUGGCCGUGAACUCAUAACAGAGGAUGGACGCGCUGGCCUAAAUGCAACCUUCUACCAUAAGCGGGACUCGGAGGGAAAUUACUCUGCCGCUGUGGAGCAUUUCUUGCUGGAUAACACCGAUACUCUCUUGAACGACAGCGAUAUCUUCUUCUCUGCCGACGAGUGGUAUCUUGUCCUAUGGGGCAAGCUGCGCGCACAGGAACGGAAAACGACAUUCCGCUUUGGCCUUUCUGUCGCGGGCCGGGCCAAGCUCUUUGUUGACGACAAACUCGUGGUCGACAACUGGACAUGGCAGAGGCGGGGAGAUAGCUUCUUCGGAGAUGGGACAGAAGAAGAGAUGGGGAAUUUUGAGAUGCUGUCUGGGAAAGCUUAUGAUAUUCGGCUCGAGUACAGCAACUUGACUGGUCCUGCUGAGGGGGACGAGAAAGGUGUUCCGAAUCCCCAUGCGGGCAUGCGCCUGGGAGGAUAUCCUUUACUGGACGAAGAACAGGGUAUCAGCGAAGCUGUCGCACUAGCUAAGGAAGCUGAUGCAGUCGUGGUUGUUGUGGGCUUGAAUGGGGAGUGGGAGAGUGAGGGAUACGACAGGAAAACGCUCAACCUACCCAGAAGGACGAAUGAUCUCGUAGCUGCCGUUGCCAAGGCGAACCCGAGCGCUGUGGUCGUCACCCAAUCAGGCUCUGCCUUCACGAUGCCGUGGGUGGACUCGGUCAAUGCGCUCCUCCACACUUGGUAUCUUGGCAACGAGACUGGAAACGCAAUUGCCGAUGUGCUGUUUGGCAAGGUGAACCCGUCUGGGAAGAUGUCCCUCACGUUCCCCAAACGCAUCGAAGAUGUGCCGUCCUAUCUUAACUACGGGAACCAGAAUGGAAGGGUUAAGUAUGCAGAGGAUUUGUUCGUUGGCUACAAGCACUAUCAUGCCAGACGGAUCGAGCCGCUCUUCCCAUUCGGAUUUGGCUUGUCGUAUACUGCAUUCAAGUAUUCCGGCCUGCAGAUCUCACCGCCUUCGAGCUGUGACGCGAGCUUCACCGCGUCGGUCACGCUUACAGUGACGAACACUGGCAAGCUCCCUGGGUCAGAAGUCGUUCAGCUCUAUAUAGCUAUGCCAUCCGGUAACCUCAUUCAUCCCCACUUGGCACUGAAAGGAUUCACCAAAUUGCAUGACAUCCCCGUCGGGAAAGAAGCUACCGCGACGCUAAUGCUCGACAAAUACGCUGUGUCUUAUUUUGAUGAUGUCGCAGGCAAAUGGAAAGUGGACGCUGGUCAGUAUACUGUAUUUGUUGGCUCGUCCUCUUCCCAUCUCCCUUUAACUGCUGUCCUCCCUCUUAAGAAAUUAUUUACUUGGUCUGGUCUGUAA